UCUGAGGGAGAGCAGGAGGGGAGGGAGCUACACAAGCCUUUGCAACAUUUUGGAUCAGUGGAGGAUGCUUGGUAUUGUAUCUGAACUGUUUGCUGAAGACAACAGACGAUGUCAUCGCUGAAGAUGUUGAGGAGGGAAAGAACCAGGUGAACAGGCAGGCGUUGUCUACAAUCUUAAAAAAAAAAGAAAUUGGAUAUUUCACAUGUAAGAGCGACCGCCUUAUGCCUCAAGGAAGUUAGACGAGUUGGGAUUUUACAGUGGAUGUAUUUCUGACAAACCUUUGGGUGAAGAUGGAAAGCGUUUUUUUCCAGCCCAUCCUGGAUCAGUUCAUGAUGAGCCCACUUGUCACCUGGGUGAGGACUUUUGCUUCUCAUGACGAAAGCCGGCAUGCGGACUUCAAUGAAUUGUUGGAUGGAGUCUUUUUGAAUGAAGUUAUGAGCCAAAUACAUCCUACAGCCGUACCUCAAACUACAACCAAAAUGAGCAAGGAUCCAAGUCAGCGAGUCCAGAACCUGACCUUUCUUGUUCAGCAAAUCAAAGCAUAUUAUCUGGAAAACCUGAGACAGUUGAUUCUGAUUCCUCUUCCAAAUGUGCUGCAGCUUUCGAGAACUCCUCACACUGAGCAAAGUCUGGUGGAAAUGAAGAAACUAUUGUUGUUACUCCUGGGAUGUGCAGUUCAGUGUGAGAAGAAAGAGAAGUACAUUGAAAUAAUCCAGGCGCUUGACUUUGACACAAAAGCAGCAAUAGCUGUGCACAUUCAAGAGCUAACCCACAGUCAAGACAACCUGCUCGACCUACAUUGGUUGGAGUGCAGUAACAUGCCCGCCGAUGAGCUGGAGGUUGUAGCAAAGACCAUAGCUGCCAAUCUUCAGCACUUGCUGGACCAGAGGGACUCCCAUCUGGAGACGAUAGCAGAGCUAACACAAGAAAGGGAAGGUGUGGUUCGUGUGCUUUGUAGCUCAUCCGGCCCGCAGUCGGCCGUCUAUCCUGCCAUCAUGCAACAGCACCAGGCGGGAACUCAGCAACACUUGGUGGUGGAACUUGCAGACUCAAAAGCCAAGAUUAGGCGACUUAGACACGAGCUAGAAGAGAAGAGUGAACAAUUGCUGGACAACAGACACGACCUGGAGAACAUGGAGGCAGAGCUCAAGAGGAUCCAGCAGGAGAACUUGAAGCUGCUUGUCGAUGCCCGAGCAGCCCGUGCCUAUCGCGAUGAGCUGGAUGCUCUGAGAGAGCGUGCGCUCAAAGCUGAUAAGCUGGAGUGUGAGGUCGGACGCUACAGGGAGCAAAUGCACAAGAUGGAAUUUUACAAGGCCAAAAUGGAGGAGCUCAAGGAGGAUAUCAGAGUGCUGCAGGAAACCAAAGAGGUACUAGAAGAUCAGCUGGCAGGCUGGAGAGCACGCUCAGAUCAAAUCCACCAGCUGGAGAAACACAGCCUGCUACUGAAGGCCCGCAUACAUGACAUGGAACAAGGAAGAGAUGCAGAUCGUAAAUGCAUUGAGGAGCUGCAGGAUGAAAAUUUGACUCUGUGUUUAGCACAGAGGAGGAGCAUGGAGGAGUCCCAGCACUUGGGAUGGGAGUUAGAACAACUUUCCAAAAGCACAGACAACUCUCAGGGACAGCAGACUUUAAGUGAGGAAGUGAAUGAGAGGAUCCGAAGUCGGCUGUUGAAGUUGGAGAAGGAGAACCAAAGUCUCCUGAAGACCAUCGAGGAGCUCAGCAAUGCCCGUCUUCACCACAACACGCAUUCCGACAAACGCAGCCACCACAGCGAGAAGGAUCGUGUCCGGCAGGUGGUCUGUUGCGCCGACAAGUGGACCUCAGAUGAAAACAAAUCACUGACUUCCUGCUCACGUGAGCAAAACUGCAGAAAUGCAUCCAACCUUGGUACAAUAAAAGACAUUUUUAAAACAGAUGCUGAAGAUCAAACACCAGAGCAAGACCAUGCGGGCCUUUGCCAAUCAGCUAAUACAGUCAGUCAUAUUCAGGAGAAAGGAAAGUUAGAGGACAACAUCGGCGGGCAUUUUAAAGCAGCUGAUUUGGAAGAAAAUAUUUCAAAUAGUGCUCAUUACGCUGUUGCGUCACAUAAUCCCUCUCCUGGUUCAAGAAGCAGCAGUUCCAGCCAUGACGGCAUUUUUAUUUGCCAGCCAACACGCUUCACUCACACCAACAAGCACACGCAGCAUCUGGAGGCCAAAUGCAAGGCAUUGGACUCCAUUAAUCAACAACUGCAAACUUCCCUUGGUAACACAGAGCGAAAAGUCCACCGAUUGGAGACUGAGGUUCAAGAACUGGAGGCAGACAACCAAAGCCUCCAGGCCACAUUAGAGGAACUCCGGAUUACUGCACGCCGUCUGGACCAAGUGGAAACAGAGAAGCAGAGUUUGGAACAAGAAACAGCAGCAUUGGAAAAGGUUAAGAGACAACUGGAAAAGGAGACUCGACGAUUGCGCCAGCAGGCUGAAAUUCAAGAAGCCAACUUAGAUAGCAGUAAUGUCUGCAUGGCGAGCCUGGAAAGGGAGAUGCGCUGUCUGGUAAAGGAGGUGGAGGAGUUGAGGGAGACAGCUGAAAGGGUCAAAGGGCUGGAGAGAGACAACAGAGAACUGGCCAAGCAAGCUGCGAUUGACCAAAGGACCUUGGACACCCUUAGAAAGGAACUUGUCAGUGAGAAACUGAAGACCCGCCAGAAAGAGGAUGAACUAGAGCGUCUGUCCCAUGAGCACGAGAUAAGAAUUCUCAACAGAGAGAAUAAACAAUCUGUGGAACUCGACACAGCCGAACGCAGAAGGUUCAAUAUGCUGGAGUCAGAGCUGGAGUUGUCCAUGAAGAAGUGUCUUCAAAUUAAAGACGACAAGUUGGCUGUCCUGGAGUCCCGUCUACAAGAAUCCUCGAACCUUAACGAGCAUCUUCGCCACGAACUCAGAACUGUGAAAGUGAGCUAUGAGGCCUUGCAGCAAAAACACGAAGAGGAGGUGACUGAAUCAUGCGCCACCCCUCUGAGAGAGAAUGGAAAGGAAAUGAGUGAAUGGUUGCGUGAAAGCCACGAAGCCACCAAAGAGCUCCUGAAUAUUAAAGACCGACUGAUUGAAGUAGAGAGGAACAACGCAACACUGGAGACAGAGCGCCAGGCUACGCAGGCCCAUCUGAAGCAGCUGGAGAGUCAGUCUGACAGUCAACAGGCUCAGAUCCUCGCCCUGCAGAGGCAAGCUGCCACCCUGCAGGAGAACACCACCACUUUGCAGGCACUCAAUGCGGACUUGCAGGUGGAAAAAUCCACAUUGAACUCCCAGAGUGCUUCCCUAAUGGCUCAGAAUGCUCAGUUGCAGCAGCAGCAGGUGGGAACAGAAAGCGAGAGGGACAGUGCCAUACGUGAACGCGAAGAGCUGCGAGGUGCCCAUGAGCAGCUAUUACGGGAUCACGAGCGUCUGGCGGCUCUCCACGAGCGGCAAGCCGCAGAGUAUGAAGUCCUCAUGGGGAAACACGGCUGUCUGAAAAAUGCCCAUCGGACGCUGGAGCUCGAACACCGCACACUGCAGGACAGGUACAACAACCUGUUGCAGCAACGGACCAAAUUAGAAGAUCUGGAAAAGGCCCUGAAGGAAGAGCAGAUGAGAAUGAGUCUGGAGAAGGAACAUCAUAGGACCGCUGCCGCUGAAUGUUGCAGGCUUCGGGAUGAGAAAGACUGGCUGAACCAAACUUAUCGUCAACUUCUGAACGACAAUGAGCAGCUGAAAGCAGAUCACAAGCAGCUGAAGAGCCAACUAAAUGAGAGCAAGCUGGCUCACACCUGGCUGGAGGCCGACUAUUCCAAGCUUAAAAAGGAGUACCAGCAACUUGAUAUCACCUCCACAAAACUCACCAACCAGUGCGAGCUGCUGAGCCAGUUGAAGGGGAACCUGGAGGAGGAGAAUCAUCAUCUUCUGAGUCAAAUUGACACACUGAUGCUGCAGAACCGGACUCUGUUGGAACAGACAAUGGAGAGCAAAGAUCUGUUUCACAUAGAGGAACGACAAUAUAUUGACAAACUUAAUGAUUUGAGGAGACAAAAGGAGAAGCUCGAGGAGAAGAUAAUGGACCAGUAUAAGUUUUAUGAGCCCUCACCUCCUCGCAGGCGAGGAAACUGGAUCGCUCUUAAGCUGAAGAAGUUGAUCAAAUCGAAUAGCCGUGAACAGGGACUAGAACAUUCACUCACACCGACACACUCGGAGGCUCAGCUCUCAUGUCACGAUAGCAGCUCCUUCUUUAGUUCAGAUGGUUCUGCCGGCUCCACCUCCACAUCAGUAGGUGACAUCAUGCCAUCACAGCCUAGCACCACACUGAAAGUGUUGCCCCAUAUGAGAAGCAAGCCGAAGAACAAAGAUAAACUGAAGUCUCUCAUCCAACGUUCCUUGUCCCUGAGCAGCUUGCUGUACACCUCUGCCCCGUUGGAGCAGAAGCAGUUCACAUCCAGCUCAGAGGAGUUGGAAGGCUCUGAAGCUGAUGUGCAGGACAGGAAAACAAUAUCGACCUCAUUCCUAAGCACAUCCAUCCUAUCCACACGACACUUGAAUCCCACCACUGAACUAUUCAUGCAACUCCACGCUACAGCCAGUGACACUGAUGUCCCAGAUGUGUCACAGCUACAGCUAGACAAGGAUUCAAGCGAUAGUGCUGCACCAUCUGGUUUGGAGGACGACGAGCUGCAGCAUCAGGGGCUUAAUGUCACCCAGAGUCGAGCCCAAAGUGAGAGCAGCGGUGAGUUCAGCAUCAGCCUGGAUAAUGAGCCCUGGUCAAAUGGUAGCAGCCCUGUCCAGCAGCCACUGUCUCGCCACACCUCUGUCUCGUACCAUCCGCCAAGAGACACCUCGACACCCCAACGCACACAGCAAACCUCCUCCACAGCGCACAAACAGAAAGCCUUGACCAUCCCUCCAGCAAACAGCCAGGAAUCAGAGCUCAAACUAAUUCAUCAACAGAAAGAGCCUACAAUAAGCCACGAUUUCUGGCUCGCACGGGGAACAAAAAGCAUCAGAAGGGGCUCUAAAGGAAAACGUCGCUCAUCAGAUUCAGUGGCCACGUUAAGCACAAAUUUAAGAUCGAAUACCGAUUGUACCCACACUUUAGCUUGUUCACCAGUUACAGUGUUUUAUGUUCAGGGUAAGUCGUCCUCUAUGUCUGGGUGCCUCAAUUGCUUCUCCAAUCCACUGGGAAAAGAAGGGCGACUCAAAGGCUUGUCGAAAAGUCUUCCUCGUGCCAGCAGUGUCAUUUCCACAGCCGAUGGGUCAUCUAGACAUCCCAGCAUCACUAAUGACUGCAGGGUGGUAGUGAAGACUGAGACACUUCCUGGUUCCAUUUCAGAAAAGCACAAUAUCCAGAAACAAGAAACAGCAGCAGCAUCCAAUCAGCAAGUCAGUGAAAGCAGAGCACCUGAGUUCAGUCCUCCAGUCAAACCUCCAAGAGACCCAACAGUCCUUGUUGCCAAAGACCACUCGAAACCCCCUGUGCAGGAAUCAGAUUUAAACCCCCCAUUUAGUCUUAACUCUGUCUUCUCAAACACAAUCUUCACCGAUUCAGAAGGGAGUCAUAUGGAUGCUCUUGCGGGGAACAACCAGAUGGAUAUUUCCCUCGACAAGUCCACCUGCAAAGCAAAACUGCACUCCAGUGAGCCACAAGUAUUCUCAACACAGAUUGCAAACACUCAAAAUGGAAAAAGCGAAGAAUCACAAUCUUGAUCAUGGUGCUGACUUGAGAUGAGGAGCAAGAAGUAUAUCUGUAGUUAGUACACAUCGUUUGUCAGUGCAUUAAUAACAUUACCCAUUUGUACAGUAUGUAACAGAUGUUUUAGUGAUCUAUGUUUAUUUCUUUAUUACAAGGAAUCUGCUUAAAUUAAUAUCAGUUAUAUGUUUUCAUAUUUUAUGUAUACUUUUACAGGAAAUGGGAGGGACAAUUGAGUGAACCCUUGGAUAUAAUAACUGGUUGAGCCUCAUUUAGCAGCAAUAAAGUCAACCAAACACUUUUUUUAGCUGCAGAUGAGCUCAGACAAAGAUCAGGAAUACACAGCCUAGAUUCAUUUACUUUUUUCCUCUAUGUCCGGUAAAUAUUUACUU